GCGAAACGGGCUCGGGGAAUUGCGCCAUUCAACCCGCACGGCGCCCCCAGAAAAAGAACGGCGCCGUCGGACAGUGAUCAAGCGCGCGCCCGUCCGCUCGCCAAGUCAAGGUCGAACUCGGUCGCGAUGGGUUUCCUCGAGUUCCUGUCGGCCGUGUUCGGCGUCAUCUACUUUACCGCCUGGUCCGUGAGCUUCUAUCCGCAGGUCUUGCUCAACUUCAGACGCAAAUCCACCUCCGGGACCACCGUCGACUUCCCGCUGAUCAAUUGCCUGGGCUUCGCAGCCUAUGCCACUUCCAACCUCGCCUUUUACUACUCGCCCCUGAUCCGCGCCCAGUAUGCCGCCCGCUACAAGGGGCUGACCCCGACGGUCCAUUUCAACGACAUCGCCUUUGCUGCUCACGCCCUCCUGCUGUCCGUCAUCACCACGAGCCAGUAUUUCUUUCCCGGGGCCUGGGGCUUCACGCCCAGCAAGGGCAACAGGCCCAGCCGCUUCAUCCUCGGCAUCUUCUUUGGUUGCGUCGUCGGCAUCGUGGUCGUCCUCUUCAUCGUCCUCGGAUCGCCAGAACGCGACAGCACCCAGAAGGCCGUCAGCUCGUGGGUCUGGCUGGACGCCAUCUACGCCGUCUCGUACGUCAAGCUGAUUGUGUCGCUCAUCAAAUACACGCCCCAAGUCAUCGUCAACUACCGCAACCGGUCCACCCGCGGCUGGAGCAUCUGGCAGAUCCUGCUCGACUUCUCGGGCGGCAUCCUGAGCAUCGCCCAGCAGGCCGUCGACAGCUACCUCCAGCGCGACUGGUCCGGCAUCACGGGCAAUCCCGUCAAGUUCGCCCUCGGCAACGUGUCCAUGCUCUACGACUUGAUCUUCAUGACGCAGCACUAUGUCCUCUACCGCGGCGCCGACGGGAAGCCGGAAGAGGCCGACUCGCUUCUUGGGAGAGCCGACGAGGAGCGCCGCAUUGAUUGAUGGUUCCGCGGUGCGCCCGGCUUGAGCGUGCCUUCCCCUGGAGACCGAAAAUGGCUGAGAGCAGUCGCGAUACCCGGGAUGGCGUCAUGAGGCAACCGUAGCUCGAGACAAAGCCGUCUCGCCUCCUGCCUCGGGGUUAGAAUGUGUGUGGGGUCGCUGU